AUGGCGAGUCAAACAUCCAAAACAAUUUUUCUAGCUGGUUGCGGAGGUGGCUACGAUGUAUUUGGCUGUUUGCCUUAUUAUUUCAAACUCAAAGCUUCUGGAGACUAUGAUAUAACACUUAUCAACUAUACUUUUACCAAACUGGCCCUCUUAAAUCAGCAUAGCGAGCAAGUAACAACAGUGCUUUUCCGCGUUGAUCCCCAAGCGAAUAUAGCAUGGCUAACUGAUGACGUUUAUUUCCCUGAACAGCGUCUCGCGAACGAACUCCAAGUACCUAUUUAUGCAAUCUUAUGCGAUUAUACGGCAACACGCAUUGAAUUAAUUGUCGAAGCUUAUAAACAUCUGAUACACGGACGAUGUAUUGAUGAGUUGAUCUUAAUUGAUGGAGGAUCGGAUGUUUUAUUAACGGGCAACGAACUAGAAUUAGGAACUCCUGUUGAAGAUAUAUCACAUGCACGUGCUGUUGAUCUUUUAUCUACAGACGAAGUGAAAGCAAAAUAUAUUGUCGUUAUUGGCAUCAAUCUUGAGGUAGGCCAUGAUGUUCAGAAAUCCGAUAUCGAUACACGAGUGACUGCUCUUUCGUCCGAUACUAUUUUCAAAUGGUUAUGGCAAUAUGAACAUGAUGAUGACGUUCGUCGCUAUGUGGAAAUCUUUCAUCGUUGCUCUCCAAGUCAAUCGAUCGUGCACAGUCUUAUCUGUGCUGCAUUGGAAGGUCGACGAGGAUAUUAUUUGCCUGAACAUUUACGCGACCGUAUUAGGAACUCUGUUGUUGAACUUAGUGAUGAAACGUGCAUUUCAAUUGUAUAUCGUCUCAAUGACGUCAUGCGGCACAAUGUUUACUUUCAACGGCUAACACCGGAAAUGAAUCUGAACCAAGUUUUUGAUGAGAUCUACGAUUCUAUAGACGACGAUUCAUCUAGUAUUGAUGCUGCUGUAUCGUCACAAAAAUCAAAUUCUGAUGUCCCACAUUUUAUACGAACUGUUUUGUCUUCGAAUAAUAAGGUUUGGCGUUUGAUUUUAGUUAUUUCCUACUAUCAACCUCAAUUUUGCCCAUUACCAACUUGGAAUUCUGCGGGUAUUCCUUUUGCUAAUGAAUCUAUUGUUGGGAAACAUCCUAUUGCGCUUUUUAUUGAUAAAAACGAUACUGUUUAUGUAGCAAACCGAGAUACUGGUCAAAUUUUAAUAUGGCUUAGAAACAGCACUAUCCCAUCACAAACUCUGACUGAUACUUUGACCGAUUCGCGUUCUCUGUUCGUCUCGGAUAUUGGUGAUAUUUAUAUUGAUAACGGAUUCGCGAAUAAGCGAGUAGCUAAAUGGAUAUCAAGCACAAGUACUUUUACCACAGUGAUGGCUGUCGAUGGACCUUGCGAAGGACUUUUCAUCGAUAUUAAUCAGACAUUGUAUUGCUCGAUGUUUUUUAUGCAUAAAAUCGUGAAAAAAUGGCUUAAUAAUGCAUCACUGUUGCCGAUUAUUGCAGCUGGCACAGGCACUGCUGGGCCUGGUGCACAUGAAAUCAGCCAACCUGGUGGUAUCUUUGUUGACACUAACUUUGACUUGUACGUAGCUGACUGUGGAAACAAUCGAGUGCAGUUGUACAAACCAGGAAAUGCGAACGGAACGACCGUCGCAGGAGAUCAGUCACGACUCGUUACAUAUACACUCCAUUGUCCAAGUGGAGUCACUUUGGACUACGAUAAAUAUCUAUUCAUUGUUGAGAACACCGGGCAUCGUGUGAUUGGAUCAGGACCUUAUGGUUUUCGUUGUCUGGUUGGAUGUGGUGGAGAAGGUUCACAAGCACAUCAAUUAUCAAAACCUUUUAGUUUUGCUUUUGAUAGUUACGGAAAUAUGUUUAUUAGUGAUCAAAAUAAUCAUCGAAUACAAAAGUUCUUCUUAUUGCUAAACAAUUCCUGUGACGAGACAACGAUUAAUUCAAGGUUGACAAGUGAACUGACAACAAGUGAAAGUCAGCAAGAUCAAAUAAAUUCACAAAUGGUCCCUUCGAUGACGAUCCAAACGGAAAAAGGUACAGUGUCUAAAAACUUUCCUUUUUCCAACACGCCAUCAUCUCAACUAAUAGCCCUGUCGUUGAAUCAACCUAACUUAUGUCCGACAGCUACUUGGGCUCAAAGUGGCAUUACUUUCGCCAACGAAACAAUUAUUGGAAGGCUCCCCAUUGCUAUUUUCAUUAACAGAAAUAAUACAAUUUAUAUUCCUAAUCGUGACGAAAAGAAUAUUCUAGUCUGGGAAAAUGGUGCAAUGACACCAACCAAAAAUAUCUCUGGCAAAUUAUCAUACCUUGCAUCGGUGUUUGUUACAAAUAUAGGCGAUAUUUAUAUUACAAAUGGUGGAUCACGACGUCGAAUUGAUAAAUGGAUUUCAAGUUCAAACACGUUCGUCACUAUUAUGUAUGUUAAUACAUCGUGUUUUAGUCUUUUUGUUGAUAUUGAUGAGGAUAUCUAUUGUUCAUUGUAUGAGGAGCAUAAAGUUUUCAAAAUACAAGUCAAUGAUAGCACUCCAACAGUCAUCGCCGGUACCGGUAGCAGUGGUUCUUCUACAAGCGAACUCAAUGGCCCAAUGGGAAUUUUCAUUGACGCAAACUUUGACUUUUACGUCGCUGAUUGUCACAAUAAUAGAAUUCAAUUUUAUCGAUUAGGCCAAUCUCAAGCAAGCACAGUGUUGGGCAAAGGAUCAUCCGAUUCUACAUUUAGACUGAAUUGUCCCAGUGGAAUUGCAAUUGACGCCAAUAGAUAUCUGUUCGUUGUCGACAGUAGUAAUCAUCGUGUCGUGGGAUCCGGACCUUAUGGUUUCCGUUGUCUGAUUGGAUGUGAUAAAAAACAGAGAGAAUUGAAACAUCCACGAGUACUUAGUUUUGAUAGUUAUGGAAACAUAUUUAUCAGUGAUCGAGAUAAUAAUCGAACACAAAAAUAUCUGUUCUUGAACGAGUCAUGCAACUUAGAGCAAACAUCAAUUUCCCCUAUGACAAGCAAAAUGGUUACCACAAGUAUAACGAAAGAUUUAAAUAAUGCAAGUCAAUGCAUUGUUCCUCCAUCAAUUCAAUUAGCUCCUGAACUAUCGAGUACUUCAGAGUAUCAACGCAAUGAAGAGAUUUUUCUCAGUUCAUCAGUCGAGUUUAUUUGUAACAAACCAUUUCUUAUCUAUUCAAAGUGGACAAUCUCUAAUUCUUCACAAGAAUUGCAAUUCAACGCAGGAGUAGUGGAAACAACUUACAACGAUCUCUAUAUUCCACCAAAUACAUUACCUGUCGGUCUGUACCAAGUGAAAUUAACAAUUUCUACAUCGAUUUCUUCGACUUUAACAUCACAUCAAUCAAUUUACAUUCAAAUCAAUCCAUCAGGAAUAAUAUUGAACCUCAUUCCUCACGGCAUUUCAAUGAUCACUCAUGAGUAUCGACGAGAUCUGCAACUCAAUCCAGGAAAGUAUUCAAUCGAUCUUGAUGGAAACACAUUCAAUGCUAAUGCAUGGACAUACAAAUACUCUUGCUGGAGUUCAUCAAAUAUCACAUGUUUGGUCAACAAAGGAUGGAAAUAUGACGAUCUAAUCGAAUCUUCGAUAACAGUAUUUAACCAUGUGUUUCAAGUCAAUCAAAUAUACGAAUUUCACGUUGAAAUAAUCAAUAAAAAAAACUCAUCGGCAAAGUUCAGUAGCUUUUUAAUUGUUAAAAUCCAAGAAAAAUCCUCUCCGUUCGUCACCAUCAAUUGUGUUAUACUCACAUUAUGUAUUCCACAACCUUCUUAUCAAUUGAUCAAUCCUCGCAAUCAACUGUUCCUGCAUUCUCAAUGUUUCGAAAAUUGUUCGAAUGUUCAAUACAUUCGUUGGAAUAUUUAUUAUUCGCUUUCUGAUGUUCACAACUGGGUUUUGUUUAACCAAACAGAUACUUAUGAAAACGUCUCGAUUUUCGGUAGAGAAACGAACCGGUUGACCAUCACCAACGAUGUUUUCAGUAAAAAUCAACCUUUUGAAUACUGGAAAUAUGAGGUUGUUUAUUCAUUCGACAACGCGAUCAGUUCAAGUUCGUGUAAUUUUCGAAUUAAUCAACCGCCUACACACGGCUGGUGCGAAAUAACCCGUUUAAAUGGAACAAUAACAACAUUGUUUAAUAUUUCCUGUUCGAACUGGACUGAUGAACAUACAAUCAAAGACUAUUCUCUAUUUUGCUGGAAAACUGAUCCGAACAAGUUAACAAUCGUUGCUUUUUCAGUCGUUCCGAAUUUUCAAGUUCGAUUACCAUCGGGUCACCUUCAUUUGGUUAUUCACAUCCGAGAUCGAUUCGAUUCGUAUUCACGAUUUAAUCUCUCAUCAAUUCACAUCUCAUCAAAUCUAUCAGAAUUCAAUGACUUAAUUAAAAUAUUCUCAACUACAAACAUCAAUACAAACAAUCAAAUCCUUUCGUCAAUUUCACACGAACUUAACCAACUAAAUGAUGAAAAUAUUCACCAAGCUGUUUCAGAUGGAAUUCCAUUUGUCAACAUUGCUGUCUCACCUUUGAAUAGCAAACAUUUCGAGCAGAUCAUCUUCGCGUCCUAUAAUCUCGAUGAAUAUACAAAAAACUUAAAUUUCCAAUCAAAUCUUCGAGAAACUUUCAUUCAAUUCAACUAUAAUCUAACCAUCGAAUAUAUUCUAAGUCUACAUUUACAAUCAUCAACGUUAGUUCAUUUGACUCAAUCUACCAAUCAGUUAACUCAAACAACACUUCUCAUUGCAUUGAAGCAAUGUGUGAAGUUAUCCCAAACUCUACAUUCAAUUUCGACGAGAAUUUCAUAUGAAGAUGCGCGAACGGUGACAACAGAACUUCUUCAAAGUGUUGCGAAUAUUUUAACAGGCUUCCAUGGUCCAUUACAACAACGAAUGGUCAAUUUACAUUGGAAGCUUUUUAAUGUAGAUGAUCUAACAAGUCAAAUCAAUCGAAUUAUUUCGUAUUUAACAUCAACAUUGAUUAUUCAUUUGAAUGCUCAACAAGAUUUGAUCAUAGAUACGCAACAGAUUAGUUUUUCAAUUCGAUACGAACAGAGUCAAAAAAAUUUUUUACGGUCGAUCGUAAUGCCAUUAGCUCCAAAUGGCAAUCAAUUGGAAACGAAGCUGUCACGAUCAGUAUCGAGGUCGUUUGUAGAUUUCAAUGGAAACGAAGUAAUUACGAUGCGAACUGCAAAAGAAAUUAUCAUUCCUCGUGAUCCAAACUUUAUUUUACCACGAUUUAUCCUUCAAAACGUUUCCACAAUAGAAAAAUCAUUUAACUUCAAACUGCUCUCGAUUCAACCUUCGUACUCAAUUCAUUUUGACAUCGAUCCAAUGAACUCCAAUGCAUCGUAUCUGUUUAUUUAUCAAUUUAGUCAUCAACGAAUCGACUGGAAACAUUUAAGUGGACUGACUCUUCUUUGUCAACAAAACUUAACGAACGAACAUUACUACUCAUACUAUAUUGAUAAUCAACAAACUGUCGAUCAUCAUUCUUUAAUAUUUGGCUUGAGAGAGCUAACUUCAGAUGAAAUCCUCAUUUAUUGUUCGAGUAAAACAAAUCACCAUCCUCCAAUCGUCAACGAAGAUAGCCAUUUCACAACAAAUUAUCAACUACGCAUUUAUUCUUCAUCUUGUUUUUAUAUGGAUGAUAACAAUCAGUGGAAAUCCGACGAAUUAAUUGUUGGACCGGAAUCGAAUUUAUAUCACACUCAAUGUUUCGUGAGGAAUAAGAACUAA